CUUCUCUGACAGCGAUGAACGAACAGAUUCAGAGCCACUUCGCGACUUAUAUGGCCGUAUUGAAUGAACAGAUUCAGAGAUUUUCUUCUUCACAAUCGAAAUUUUCUUCUUCGCGAUCUUCAUCUCAAAGUUCGAAAUCGCGAACUUCUUCGCAAUUGCAGUCUACCAGUUCGCAGGUCUCAGUUCUCAGGGCUCAAGGCCCGACUUCUCUCAGUUCGCAGUUCUCAUCACAGGUUUUGUCGCAAAACACUUCUCACUGUGCGCAGGUUUCAUCAGUCCCACAGGAGUUUGUUAGUGGACGGCAAUCUUACUCUACAGAUAGGAGUGUGUCGCGAUCCAGAGAAAAUGGAGAGAAGUUCACUGAGGGCAACAAUGAAAGCCAGAAGAAAUCGCCAGCAGAGUCUCUCACUUCACAAGCUUCACAGCUCAGUUUGAAAGUCAUUAAUCUGCAGCAACCUUCCUCCGACGCUAAGAGUGCUUCGCAAUUUGGAGAAAAUGCAAUGAGUGCUUCGCAAUUUGAAGAAAAUGCAAAGAAGUUCACUGAAGGCGACAAUGAAAACGAGGAGAAAUUGUCAGUGGUCGCUGGACCUGAAAUUGGCCCAACUGCAGUUCAUGUUUCUCUUGGAUGCCCAGCUUCUGAUGCUUCUAAAGGUUCUAUGGAAUUCUCCAACAAGGUUUUUGGUAGAGUUCUCCCUGUCACUUCUCAAAAUGUUAAUAAUUCUAAUGCUUCACAAGGACCUGGUCAAAAUCUUCACCACAUUAUUGAGAAUAGGCUACAGCCAAACACAGAGGGUGCAGGAGUGCAAAAUAUGAGGCUGUUUGGAGGUAUUAUUACAGUACCAAUUGUUUGUGAUAUGAAAAGCAAUGAACUCUGUUCCUUUUUCAUACUGACAAACCCCAGAGAGUUGCAAUUUUAUGAGAACAUUUGCUGCUCUACCAAGAAACCUGAGCAAGAGAACAAUCAUUAUGUUCUCCAGAGUUACAGCAUACCUCUUUCUGAAGAGAAUCUGGUGAAACCGGGUUGUGGACAGCUUUGUUCAAAAGGGGUGAUGAAGGGUCAAGUAAUGAAGAUCAUGGUCCAGAAAUUCGAGAUGUAUUGGGAAGGAAGAGGUGCCAGGAUGAAGAUGAAGUCGGAAGUUAAGGCUGUUUCCUAUCACCCACCUUGAGGACAAGGUGGUUGUCUAAGGGGGGAG